AUGACGCGAUGGCUUAGAGGUGGAGCCACUACGGUGUAUCACGACUGUCGCAUUAUGAAGCCAUGCUACCAAGGGAAAUCCAUAGCCACAGAUCUAGAGGUAUCUCUUGGGGGCGAUCCCAACGCUGUGCACUACGACGCGCGCAUGCUGGAGGGCCAUAACAUGAAAUUCAAACCAAAGACGAAAGAUGCCACGAAGGCGUGGAAGGAGAUCAUGAGCGUCAAGACCACGCUGAUCGAAGCCAUCAUACGGCACGGGUACAAUGUGUUUGUGCUGGACGCAGACACCGUGUUGCUGCAGAAUCCCAUGGACUACGUACAGAGUCGAACCAGCCAGUGCGACUUCCAAUGGCAGGCCGACGGCAAGAGCAAAUUCCUUUGGAAGGAUCUGCAGUCGCGCACUCACUUCAACGCCGGGGUGUACUAUGCACUGAGUAAUGAACGCACCAAACUUAUGUACCGCAAAUGGCUGGAGGCCUAUUCGUGUCAGAAGGGACGCCGAGAGCAGCAUGCACUCACUCUAGUACUACACAACACACACAGGUAG